AUGAGCUACUCGUCCGAACAUAGCGCAAAGGCAUCAGACGGGUUGGAAAUGCUCUCCACGGAUGAGUUUCUUCGCCGACUUGGCCCAGAAGGACGCCGCUCUUUUGUCACUACUGCCCAAAAGAACAUCACCACGGCCCAGAAUAACAUCGCUGCUUAUCAAGAAUACGCAUCCAGAUACCCCAUCGAGACAGCUUACGACAAUAUUCAGCUGAGAGGCAACGCCAAGACAGAGGGAACUUUCACCACCAGAUCUUCACAGGACAUGGACAAUGCUGUUGAAAUUGCGCGUCUGCUGGAGCGUCUUGAGGCUUUGGAGGCCUUCCAGCGUGCCAUGGAGGAGAAGAUGACCGAGUCGGAGGAUAUGCAGCUGGAGGAGCGUAUUGAGGCUUUGGAGGCCAGCCUGCGGGCUCUGAGCGAGAAGGUCGCCGAGCGGGAGGGGAAUUCAGGCAGAGAAACAGCAGUAACGCACAGAUAA